AUGACUGCAAUGAUAGUUUCUAGUCAUUGCAACCCUUAUCCGUGUAUUUUGAUCACUUCUAUUGGGGUUUUCAACUGCGUUCUGAUGUCACUGGUGUUUGAGUGUCUUAAACCAGGUCUGCCUAACACAGUUUUUGAUCCUUCACUUAGCAGUUACUAUGACGACGAGACUGUAAACGUCCUAUGUGUGGCGCAUCUUGUCCUCCUGACCGGAGAAACACGUUUGACGUGCAGGGAGGGGCGUUGGACUGGAGAAUACCCAGUUUGUGGUCUGCCAAAAUACGUUCAGAAAGUUUACAUAGAUUACUACAAAUUUGGUGGCACACCUCAGUAUUCGAUAUCAACAGUGGAGCAAUGUCUAGAAACGUGUGCUAAUACCGAGUCCUGUGUAGCGAUAGACUGGAAAAAUGGCUGGUGUUACCAUAUUUCUGAUACUUCGUGUAGAUUGUACAAGCGAAAUGGCGCUUUUCACUACAGACUGGCGAGAGCAGUGGAAAGUUGUAUAGACUUUUCCUGCUCUUCGUGCUCUGGCUCUGGUGGAUGUAUACAAAGUCUUAAGUAUAACAAUGAGAGAGGAGUACACUACAAUGAGACAACCUGCGGCUGCCACCUCGGGCACACCGGGGAAACCUGUUCCCAGAGAUCAUGCCAAGCUCCUGCUGCGCUCCAGCACCAAACACGUUCAGAAUUACCAGGCAUCGUUCAAGUUGGCAAUACGGUUACAUAUGAUUGUGACCACGGCUUCAGAUUCCCGGAUUACACAGUCCAAAUGGCACUUACUUGUCAAGAGGAUGGAAUGUUACCAAUUUGA